AUGCUAGAGUCUCACCUCAUUAUCUACUUUCUUUUUGUGGUGAUACAAUUUCUUACCGGGAUUUUUGCAAAUAGCAUCAUCGUGGUGGUGAAUGGCAUAGGCGUGAUCAAACAGAGAAAAAUGGCUCCACUGGGUCUCCUUCUUUCCUGCCUGGCAGUUUCCAGAAUUGGUCUGCAGGUGUUCAUCUUUUUCACUCAUCUGGCUAUUCUCUCCGUGAUAGAAUUUCUUACACUUUCUAACGGUUUUGGAAUCAGCUUGUUCAUAAAUGAAUCGGAACUUUGGUUUGCCACAUGGCUGAGUGUUUUCUACUGUGCCAAGAUUGCCAACAUUUCUCACCCGCUCUUCUUCUGGUUGAAGAUGAGGAUAUCCAAGCUGGUGCCAUGGCUGAUCCUGGGGUCUCUGCUAUAUUCGUGUACCUCUUGUGUUUUGCACAGCAAAUAUAUAUGGCUUAAUCCCCAAAACCUCUCGGUGGGCUUUUCCUCCAAACACAUGAAAGAAAGUCUUGCUUUACAGUAUUUCUUUUUUGUCCUGGGGUUCCCCAUUCCAUUAUUUAUCUUCCUUGUUGCUGUUCUACUCCUGGUUUUUUCCCUGGGGAGACACACACGGCAGAUGAGAAACAUGGCGGCAGGCACCAGUGACCCUCGCAGGAGCGCCCACAUCCAUGCCAUGCUCUCCAUCCUGUCCUUCCUAAUCCUCUUCUUCGUCCACUAUACAAUGGAAAUGUUGAUCUCUUCUCAAACUCUUCAUUUCAGAAGCUUCAGCUUUUUAUUCUGUGUGUCUGCACUUGGUACAUACCCCUCUGUACACUCUACCAUCUUAAUUUUAGGAAAUCCUAAACUAAAACAAAAUGCUAAGAAGUUCCUCCGCCACAUUAAAUUAUGUCAGUGA